AUGGAAACAGGGCAGCCAACCGAGAUAACUGAGCAGCAAAGAGCUCAGCUGCAGUUCCAGCUAUUUCAAGAGUCGCUUCCUAAAGUUAGUACCUCAGUUUUUCGCAUGCUUCUCAACGAGAUGGUUCCUCUUUCUGUCGCUGUUGAAGACAAAGUGGGCGAAAACCCUGGUGGACAACAUGAAACCAGCUCCAAAAAUGAUUUGGAAGAAGCUAUCGCUUCCAACCUUUCCUUGAAACCAUGCAUCGAUCCACCAUCACACAAACUGAUAGCAGAAUAUGCUGUCGCUGACGAAGAUAAACGGCUGCGAAUCAAGGCUCGGUUGAAUAGCAUGGGUCUUCAAAUCGGUAAAAAGCUCUCAGAACUUCUGAUUUUUAGUAAUAAUCCCAAUUUGAACUUUAAAGACAUGGAUUUGUUGACCGUCAUGAAGUUCAUUUGCAGAGACGUCUGGAGACAGAUGUUUGGCAAGCAAAUCGACAAUCUGAAAACCAAUCAUCGAGGAACCUUCUAUCUUUUUGACUACGACUAUAGACCAAUUCAAUGUCUUGCAUUAGACGGUGAUGUAUCAGACCUGGAGCUAAAUAUGAUAGACCCAUAUCUUGAGAUUCCCUGUGGUAUUAUCAAGGGGGUCUUGCUGUCUCUUGGAUUUGAUGCGAAAGAUCAAGUUUCAUGUGAAGCUACCGUAGUAGAUUUACCGGAUACAAAAACGGGAGAGUUGGGCUCAUUUCCUAAAGGCAUUAGUUUCAAUGUUCAAGUUUUACUCCAGUAG